AUGUCCACGAGAGAUUCUGUCCUACCCUCGCGUCGCAGUGCUACCGCCCCACCCCCGAGUCCCAGUGAAACCGCUCCACCACCCAGUCAAACUGCCCCACCCCCACGGGCUACCGCCAUCUGCACCCCUUCCGGACCGAGUUUGACAAUAGAUGACGAGCUACAUAUGGAUCUGCCUAAAUUAAGAAGAUCCCAGCCCCGUCCAUCUAAAGCUUCUAAAGAGCAGCAGAAAAAAGACAUUGCCCGAUUUGUGAGGAACGAAGUGAAAGAGAGUCAAGGUUCUUUAUUCACACAAAUGGAGCAUUUACCUUCGGCAAAGCUCAACCAAUUCCAGGACCAGGGAAAAGAGAACCAACGGCAGCAAAGUGAGUCGCAGAUAGCGAGAAUAGAGAGCAUUAGUGACAGUGCGUACACAUUCACAAAGAAGGGAAACGAAGAGCAACACAAGGUCAAUGUUUAA